UGUUUCUGAAGGUAUCCCACAAUGCAUUUGUACAGAUUUCCCUUUUCUUCCGACCAUUUCCCCCUAAACGGGAAAUAGGUAACCAUGGCUCCCAGUAGGAAUGGCAUGCUUCUGAACCCUCAUUUCCACAAAGACUGGCAGAAGAGGGUACGCACCUGGUUUAACCAGCCGGCCAGAAAGGUCCGCAGACGCAAGGCACGGCAGGCUAAGGCUCGCCGGAUUGCCCCUCGCCCCGUGGCUGGUCCUCUUCGACCCGCGGUCAGGUGUCCCACCAUCAGGUACCACACCAAGAUGCGUGCAGGGCGGGGCUUCACCCUGGAGGAGCUGAAGGCAGCUGGCAUCCACAAGAAAGUGGCUCGCACCAUCGGCAUCGCAGUGGACCCCCGUCGGCGAAACAGAUCUACUGAGUCCCUGCAGGCCAAUGUUCAGCGGCUGAAGGAGUACCGCUCCAAGCUCAUCCUCUUCCCCAAGAAAGCCACCGCCCCCAGGAAGGGAGACAGCUCUGCCGAGGAGCUUAAGAUGGCCACCCAGCUGUCUGGACCCAUCAUGCCUAUCAGAAAUGUGCACAAGAAAGAGAAAGCACGGGUGAUCUCAGAGGACGAGAAGAACUUCAAAGCCUUCGCUAGUCUGCGCAUGGCCCGCGCCAACGCCCGCCUCUUUGGCAUCCGCGCCAAGAGGGCUAAGGAGGCAGCUGAGCAGGAGAUAGACAAGAAGAAGUGAAAAAAUAUAGUUUCUGUGGAACUGAAAAAAUUAACUAAUUUAAAAAUCCAAAAAUAAAAAAGAACAAAAACCUCAUG